AUGGAGUCACCGGAUACUUUCACACUCCUACCUCUCGAGAUGGACCCCAAUACCACUGAGAUCACCGCAUCCCAGAGCCUUAGCAACGCCCUCGAGACCGAGCUAGCCGCUCUGAAUAAUCUGCACAGAAACCUGCUUCAAGUCGAGACACCCACAGGCACGCCCCCACCACCUGUUCCCGUCAACCCCAAGCGUUCCGCUCAAAUCAAUAAGCUGCGCGAGUCGGGCAACGCCGAAUUCAGGAAAGGAAAGCCCGAGGAGGCAGGCAAGUUCUAUACUCUCGCGGUCGAUAUGGCGCUCGCUCGCCCGGCAUGGGAACCCUCAGGUCUGGUGAGAGAAGAGGUCUCCGGGCUGCUGAGCAACCGCGCACAGGCAAAUAUGGCACUUAAGAACUGGGCAGAGGGCGCCGUGGACGCAGAGGCUAGCGUGGAGAUGAAGAAGGUCGGCAAUGCAAAGGCCUGGUGGAGGCGGGGCAAGUGUCUGCUCGAGAUGGGCAGAUUGGACGAAGCGGCGCAAUGGGUCAAGCAGGGCCUGGAAUUCGAGGCUACCGAGCAAGAUCUCGUGAAUCUGAAGGACGAAAUUGAGAGGAAGCAGAGAGGUGAAUCUUAG